AUGGAUAUUCUAAAUGUAACAACACACCCCUUUAAUGAUACCAGUAUUGAAGAAUGUCAAUUUCAUAAUUAUCAACCCUUUAUUCCCGGCAAAUUAAAUUACAAUGAUGAGAUUAGAAUCCCCAUUCAAGAGCUCGAUUCUUAUACAUUACCAUCACAAAGUUUUUUAUAUAUUGAAGGAAAGUUAUUAACUGAUUCAGGAAAUGUACCAACUAAACUAAAAUUUAUUAACAACGCGAUAGCAUUUUUAUUCCGCGAGCUACGUUAUGAAUUAAAUGGGGUUGUAAUAGAUUCUGUAAGAGACUUAGGUUUAACUUCAACAAUAAAAAAUUAUCUAAGUCUAAAUGAAAACGAAAGUGUUUUAAUGCAAAAUGCAGGAUGGUACCCUAAAGAAAUCAAAAAAAUUGUUACAGAUUCUAAAGGUGUUACAACAGUAGAGAUUGAAAAAAUAUUAGUAGAUAAGGAUGGAAACUUUAAUGUUUGCAUACCUUUAAAAAUGUUAUCAGGUUUUUUUGAAGACUAUAAAAAAAUUAUUAUGAAUAUGAAACAAGAAUUGGUAUUGAUUAGAUCAAGUGAUGACAUCGAUAGUGUGAUAAGUUCUGAUCAAACUGAAAAACCAAUGAUUGAAUUAAAUAGGUUAUAUUGGUCAAUACCACAUAUAAAACCUAGCUUAAGCCAACAACUUCGACUAACUAAUAUUAGUAAAAGCAAUAAAGAAUUACCAAUUAAAUUUCGCUCUUGGCAAAUGAUACAAUAUCCAUCCUUGAGUUCUUCGAAAAUAAAUACGUGGGUAGUAAAAACAAGUUCCAAAAUUGAGACUCCAAGGCAUGUUAUUAUUGCGUUUCAAAAAAGUAGAAAGGGUAAUUUAACAAAAGAUUUUAGUAAAUUUGACCAUUGUAAACUUAAUAAUAUUCGAAUAUUUUUAAAUUCGGAAAGGUAUCCAUAUAAUGAUUUAAAUUUAGAUUUUGACAAUAAUAAAUUUGCCACUUUGUAUGAAAUGUUUGCUAAUUUCCAAGAAAGCUAUUAUGACCUUCACAUGAAUCAACCAAUAUAUAACCCCAUUGAAUUUAAAAAUAAUGCCCCAUUAGUUCAUAUUGAUUGUUCAAGACAAAAAGAAGUUUUACAAUCAGGUAGUAUUGUUUUGAGAAUUGAAUUUGAAACUGAUGAACCAACAACAUCAGAAACAUCUGCUUUUUGCCUUAUUCUUCACGAGAAAGAAUUUACUUAUAAUCCAACAACAAAGAUUGUUAAACAAUAUUAA